CUUGCUGAAAGGGCCAAGCUUCAUCCUGGAGACUGGAGCCUGGAGGUUCACCAUCAUCAUGUCAAAUCAUGAUGCCUCGUUUGCUGGCGUUGUAAUACGGUUGUAAUGGCGCAUCUGCGGCUGCUCUCUAGCGAGAGAAAUGUGCGUCACUUUUGCCAUCGGAGAAUGUAUGUCAGGGGCAAUGUCGAUUGCUUGAAAAUGUGUUUUGCAGACACAUUGGUUGAGUGGAAACUUUUUUGGAAGAGUCAUGCGCUUCCAUCUUGUUGAAAGCAAGCUCAGAAGGUAUAAUAUCUGAGCAGUGACUCACGACACGGUGCCCCCAAAAGAGUGCUCCUCUUCUUUUUUAUGGCCUAUGAUCCAGAAACUGCAGAUUCGCGCUGAUUUAGCGUUAAGAGUUGCACUCAAGUUCCCUUUGGAGACCAUCAAGCAUGGCAGAGGCCAGUGGCGGCUACGUAGGCAGGAAAAGGCCCCAUGAAUCUUCAAGCUUCUCCUGUCCCCCGAGUAAAAGGGAUGCAGCAAGCUCUGCAUUCGACCCCAGACAAUCUUUGCAGUCCGCGGCUGUUGACAGCGACGGCCGCUUUCUACAGUUUUUUGUGGAGGCCCCAGAUAUGACCAUGCAGAGGCGAAGAACGUUUGUCGUGAGGAAACCCGCUGAAUCAAGCGUGCAGUCCGUUGUGGAUUACAUUCUGUACAUGGAGGACGUUGACACCGGCAUCCCAAUCAGGUUCUUCAAGUAUGUGAAGCUGACCAGAAGGAACGGUCAGCCUUUGGACGGUGUCAAGACGCUGCAGGAAGUUGGUCUCAGUGAUGGAGUUACACUUUACAUUGAUGGGACCAUCCCCAAGAACAUCCUCCCCAUACAGCAAGAGAUGGAAACUCUGAUCAGACUGGUCGAUGAGAUGACAGGCAAGACAAGUAAGACAGUAAAUGGAGAAAGCUGUCCUGAGUCUGGACCGCUGCUGAGGUUUACAACGUCGAGCAGAAGGUUCCUGAGGAGGGAGCCAGGCGCAGACGGCUUCUUCUUCUCCCCGGGGGUUGCGAAGAUCUUUCUGGCUGAGGGCGGGCUCCAAGUGCUGGCGGGGGUGAGCAGAUACGAGGAGGAGAGGCUGGACAAGGCUGGCAGGACCGCAGUCGUUGGUUUCGUCGAGGACCUCGCGACCGAGUGCGCGCAGGCCCCCAGCCCCGACCGCCUCGGCCACCACGGCGCCGCCAUCAUUCUCGCGAUGCUCAAGGAAUGGGUCCCCAUCUCCGCAAUAGAAGAAUCCACGUUCCACAUUCACCAACUUAUGGCCCAUCUCGCACCCCCCCUCUCGCGCGCCCUGACGUUCCUCUUCCAGACCCCCCCCCACGCGAGCCUCGCAGCCUGGUUCAACUUAGCCCCCGGGGAUCUGCUGACGCAGCUCUGGGAGCUGCUGAGGUCACAGCUGACGGACGUCCGGUCCGGGGUGGGGAAGAUCCCCGGUCUAGUUGUGCCGCACGUGUGUCACGGUCUGCGAGCGGUGCUCGGCGCAGCGGAGGGGGGUGCGACACAGGGGUCCGACUGGGGCCGUACCUUUGGGGGGGAAGUCUAUAGGUCUGCGCGGAAGACUGUGGAGGGGGUCAUUGAGCGGAGAGCUUUAGACGGGCCCGGGAAAGCGGACGUCGGCCCUCCCCAGCUGAAGAAGUGCGUCGCUGCUUUGGUCACGCUGAUGCAAACCCUGUCUUCUAAACAAGACUCGCCAGACCCCCAGUCCGACGAAGCCUCCCCCGAGUCGUUCCGCACGUUUCUCGAAGCCCACAAACCCGCGGUUAAUGCCCUGGUUUGCUCGAACACCACCGCGUUCUCUGGAUUCCAAGAGAUGCCUUGGCUGCUUACGUCGCCAUAUAACGGGUUCCUGACCCUGGAAACCAAACGGCGGUGGCUGGAGCAUAACCUGCCGGACACCAUAAGCGCGGAGUCGCAGGUGGAAAUAUCGGUGGACCGGCGGAAUCUGCUGGCGGACGCGUUUGAUAAGCUGGCGUACGAGGAUGCGGCGGAGCUGCGGGGGGGCGGGAUAUACCCGACGUUCGCGGAGGAGGACGGGUACGGCCCGGGGGUGCGGCGUGAGUUCUUUGUGGCGGUGGCACGUCAACUGUUCGACCCCGCCAACGCGCUCUUCCUGUCAUCCCCGCUGGACCGCCGGCGCGUGUUCCCGAGCCACGCGUCCGACUGCAACCCGGGCCACCUGGCCUACUUCAAGUUUUGCGGCCGCUUCCUUGCACUUGCACUCGCACAUAGGGUACAGCUGGGCAUCGCGCUCGCGCCCGCGUUGUUUCGGCUGCUCGUGACGUCACCAGGGGGGGAGGGUGAGGUCUGCGAGGAGUUGGAACGUCUGGAUGACGCGGCGGAUGUCGACUGCGACACGUGGCGGAGCUGCAAGCAGUUGCUGGAGAUGAAACCGGAAGAGAUCGAAUUCUUGGAGCUGUCGUUCGUGUGCUGCAUCGAGAAGCUGGGCGCGCAGCGCGAGAUGCCGCUCUUCCCCGGGGGCGAGGACAAGACCGUGACGGCCAGCUCGCUGCGACACUUUCUUGGGCUCAAGCUCAGGAAGCAGCUGUACGAGCCGGUGCAGUGUCAAGUGGCGGCGAUCCGGGACGGCUUCCGAGAGAUGUUCACACGGACGGAUGCGGCGGUCUCGGACGUUCUGGAGCCGGUCGGGGAAAAGGACUUCGCACUCAUCCUGCGGGGCGACCCAGCCGACGUGUCGCUCGCGGAUUGGAAGGCGCACACGUCGUACCACGAGUACGCCGAGAGCGACGCCCAGAUCACGUGGUUCUGGCAGGCGUUGGAGUCCUUUCCGGAGGAACGCCGGCGGCGGCUUCUCUUCUUCGCGACCGCGUUCAACUACCUCCCGCCCACAGGGUUUCAGGGUUUACCGGACCGGUUUCACAUUUUUCGGGGGGGCGACGGGCUCGAGAUGUUGCCCACGUCGCACACGUGUUUUUUGCAGCUCGUGCUGCCCGCGUAUGACUCGUACGAGAUGAUGAGGCAGCGGCUUACGGUCGUCUCGGAUGCGCAUGUGGCAGAGAGCUUUGGCAUGUCGUAGGUCUAGGUAGGAGCAAGGACGGAAUUGAGAUGUUGGGUGCAAAAGCUGCGCGAAUGUACAGUCAAUCCUUGAUCAUUGCGGGAUGCUCUUUGAGAUCAGGCGGCUGCUUUGAGUCGAGAGAAUAUGUGGAAGACUGUAAGUAGGGUGUUUGGACGGACUGGAACCGUGUCGGAGAAUGCAGAAUAUUGUAUAAAUACGUAGUGUUUUGACGGACUGGAACGGUCCUGGCAAGCUAUGGCGGUAAGUGUCAGCAUGCAUGCGAC